CAUUCUCCGCCUCCAUAGCUCUCCCGUCCGGGGUUGAGGCCUGAGGACCUUUCAGCGAUGCCGGUGCAGCUGGGUGAACAAUGCGAACAUUGCUUGAAGCACCCGCAGAAGCUUGGCCAUCCUGACGAAUCCCGUUGCUGUCGGUGCUUACCAGAUGCUGCCAUUCUACGCAACUGCUCCCGCUGCCAAUCGACGCGCUAUUGCGGCAAAGAGUGCCAGAAAGCCCACUGGGCUGAACAUAAGCAGUCUUGCACGAAUACUGUACACUUAAAGCAAUUGCGGGAGAGUUUGGGUCCAGAAGUCACCCGACGACACAUCGCUUUCGAGAAGUGGGGCUGGAAGUAUCUGCAUAUUCUCACUCGCGCAGCCAUGAGUGCAAUCGAGGUGGCGAAGGACCCAAACAGAAUGAAUACACAUAUCUUUGUGGUCCACUUGGAGACCGUCGACACCUCGGACAACGGGCGUAAUCCCAAAUAUGCCGUAAAAGAAGCGCACUGUCGCACGCUGGAGGAGCUGUACCUCAUGAGACCCUGGACAUCCUUCGCUGCCAUGGAGCAGUCAAUAGCGCCUGGACCGGGACAUGUUAUAGUCAUGGACGACGUGCUUCCCGGAGGCUUGGGAGUGCAGACUCGUCCUGUCCGUACUGACUGGGACCCUAGGAUGAUUCCAUACAACCCGAUGUGGCUGAUAUUGCUCCGCGAGGAAACCCGCGCGGGGUAAGGCCAGUUUCAUCGGGGAUGUUACCGCGCUGAGAGGGCUAAGAGACGGUGAUACGGAAACAACGAAUCAGGAUGGCAUUGGGUAUUGACUAGGAAUGCGAUAUAUGUAUGAGUACCAAGGAUGGUUUCUGUAUAGAUUCAGUGGACUACGGGGGGAUUAUGAAGCCAUAUGAAUGAUUCGUGCCUUGUCGAGC